AAAUGUGAUCCUACCUUUAAUUUCACAAUAUCUAAAUAUAACAAUUGCCGCUGUUCACCUCCAACUGGAGACGAAGGCACGUGUGGAUGGACUGAGUGGGGUGAAUGGAUAUUCAGCUCAUGUAUGCAGUCAGAUAUCCAGGAAACUGAUGGUACAGUCGUUGGAUCAUGUCCAGAGUAUGGAAGAAGAACAUGUAAUCGAACUAGGACUUGUACUUGUCCUACAAAUGUCGGAGAUUCGCAAUGUGUUGGAGCAUCAAUUCAACAUAAAUCUGAGCAAUGUUGUAGAUUAAAAGAAGAAGAGUGUCCCCCUGAAGGUGACCAAGGGUAUGGAGGAAACCCUCCAACAUCUUGCUGUAUGGACGGGAAGUGGUACGUCCCUCUUGGCGGAAGAGAUUACACCAUUAGAGAAGUGUCUGAUGACAAACCAAUACCAAUGAAAUGUGAUCCUACCUUUAAUUUUACAAUAUCUAAAUAUAACAAUUGCCGCUGUUCACCUCCAAC